UGACCGCGUCGCCGCUUCCUGUACCUUCCUUGAAUGAACCGCCACCCAACUCGACACUUUUGGUCAUAAAUUCCAUUCUCAAACCGAGCAAAGAAGAAAACAAUCGGACAGAGCGAGCGAGCGAGCGAGGUGGAAUAAAUGUGAGGAAGGAGUAGCUGCAGAGAUUCGUGAGUCGGAUUUGCUGCUGCUUCACGGGAAAUGGCGACGGGCUCCGCCCAGGAUCAGGCCGAUACUGCUCUUCUUCAUGGCAAUGUUGCCGUUCCGGGCGGCGAGGCAGGCGGUGGCGGUACGAGGAUUGCGGUCGAGGCGGGAGGUGGAGGAAGAGAGACGAAAGCAGACGAGUUCGUGAGGAACCCUAGCGAUGGUGGUGGUGGUGGUGGUCGCACUGCUGCUUCCGCGGCUGGCCCUCCCGUCGACGAUUGCUGCCCGAUCUGCUUCGGCGACUUCUCCGUCGCCUGUAAAGCGAACUGCGGCCAUUGGUAUUGCGGAGGGUGCAUUCUCCAGUUCUGGAACUACUCAGCAGCAUCAAGACCAUGCAAAUGCCCAAUGUGCUCGUCCAGCAUCACUAAGUUGACGCCAGAGGCAUCGUUACUCAAUCAACCAGAGCAGGGAGUUAAAGAGGUUUUGCGGGAUGUUGAGAGGUACAAUCGCCUGUAUGUUGGAGGAGCACGCGGCCUCGUUCAGAAAGUGCGGGAAUCACCGUUAUUCUUCAAGCGAAUUGUUAUGCGGAUGAUGGAUCCUGAUAGGCCAGAGUACUUCCUUCAGGAAGCUCGCCUCUUAGCUUAGAGUGAAGGGUAGCUUAAAGUGAAAGUUUGGAUGAUGAAUUGCUGGAAUUCUCUUCCUUUGCCACAAUUUUCAGAUGAUAAUGAGCAUUGUCUAUGCAUUCUCUCCCUUCGACUUCAUUCCAACAGGUGGGGCAGGAGUGGUGAGGCUGUUUGAUCACGCAGCCAUCAUAAUCGUUCUCGGCCUUCGACUGAUUGGACUUUACCGCCGACGAAGGCUUCAUCAACGUGUUAGGCAUAUGGCUGCCGCCCAACCUCUAGGUGAAUGACAGACAUUAUCGGAGUCGCUUAAGAGAGUGUACGCAGCAGUUUGUUCGUGUAAAGAGUUGAGAGUAUAGAGGCAGUCAUCUGUUUGUUUAAACCACUUGUAAUCAGUUGGAUCUUUGUGAGGGAGUGAGGGGUUGUUGCUCUUUGGCGUGCGGCUUUCUUUGUAAAUACCACAUAUAUGCACAUGUAUAUACAUAUCAACUAGCAAGAAAUUGGUGCAGGGAUGUAGUGAGUAGUGAUGGAAAGUUUACAAGUCUGCUUUUGCAACUAUUAGAUUUGCUUAUGCUCCCCGUAGUAUUAACAGGGUUGUCCAUUGCUUGGUGAAAACGAUCUUUGCAUCGAUAGAUCAACAUUUGGUUGAUUAUCGCUAUUUACUUUUAAACAUUUGGUUGAUA